AUGGCGGAGCCUCUCAGUGCACCUUUUGUAAUGUUGGAUUUGACCCUUGCCACUAUAGCAGCCGCUGCCAAACUUCGCGACCUGCUCAAGAGCUUCCAUUCAUACCGACUUCACAACCUCUUGCAGGAGCUCGACACUUUGAACGGAGCUCUAGGCUCGCUCAGAGACACUAUCGAAGCCACAUCUGAUACAGAUUUCUCUGCCCUAAACAUACCUCUGCAAAGAUGUGGUGAGGCAUGCUUGAAUUUCGAAGAAGAGGUGCUACUAUGCUUGGCGCGCACUGGCGAUAAUCGCACAAGCUUCCGGGACUGGGUAAAGAUAAAGUACAUGGGAGAGGAUAUCGAUAGCUUCAAGGAGCUGCUUGCGAGUUACAGACUCACCAUCAGUAUUGCCAUUACAGAUGCAAAGCUAAGAAGAAAUUCUGCCCCGGCCGAGAAUAUUGCAAGUUUCAAUGACCUUAUUGUUACCGCCAAAGCCAAUCUUGAACGUCGCCUCAAGAACAUAGACGAGAGGCUCGAAGUCGCGCUCACAAUGGAUGUUGCUGCAACCGAAAGGACCGCUCGAGAAGCGCAAUUGAUCAAGGAGGAACGUCUGAGUACUGAGAAGUGUUUGCAAAUCUCUGCCGAGGUUUCAGACCACAUAGCCCAGAUCCAAUUGGCGACCAACAAUUGUAGUGCUCAAGAAACGUCAGUUAGCACGAACGAGCUACCCGAGCAAAUUAUGAGGGAAGGUCUGCAGGAGUGCAGAGACACCCUAGCGCGCACAGCUAGUAGACUGGAAGAGCACGAGAAACAACUUUUCGCUCGUUUAUUGGACGAGCCAAGGACUAUGAUACCAUCGGAAGAAGAUCGUGUGAACCUUGCGAGAAUGCGGGAUGACUGGGAAGCGAUCCGUCGGAGCAUGGAUAUCUGUUCUUUCGCCGUUGAACAUGCGCAUCACAAUUGCAACACCAACAACAUGUGGGCUACAGACGACGCUAUCCAAAUCAUGGUAUGUACCGGCGCAAAGACGAUACAUGGCGUCAAUCGCGGUGGUUGGCGUACAAGACAAAUCGGAGGCUACGUCGAUCAAGACGUACUUGAGGGAAUCUUCAAGGCUCUGAGCAGCAUGGCGCCCUCGCUGCCUGUUGAAGGCGCCACUUAA